AUGGCUCUCUUCUAUGGUACGGAUACAUAUAGCAGAUUCCCAAGUAUGUCUUCGUCAAGUUCCAGGUAUCCGGCGCAGUGGUUACCAUUCGUCAAAGACAUCAAGACGCUUUACUUCAGCCAUCUGUACAAACGAUGUGCCAGUCAAUGUGAGAGGAUGUUGCAAGACGAAGCAGAUACUCUACAUCCUCUACACGAAAGCUGUCUCCACUUCUACAUAGCCAUUUGCAACGAGUCACUGGGCCUGGCUGCGCACAGGUUCUCGUCCAAAAAGCUUUCCUAUCUACAGCGGGCCAAAGACGCUUUUACCGCUUCGUCGGUGAGCUUGCCACUGCCGUAUGGUUUAGACAAUACCGGAAACUCGGAAGCAAUCCUAUCAAUAUCUCAAUCGUCCCAGGUUUAUCACUUCGGUCCGAUUGAUGAUGAGAGAAGCGACGUAUUUCGUUCGGCCAAACUCGACGUCUUUUCAUCAAGCUGUGCCAGCUCAGAUAUGAAACAGUCGCUACACGAGCGCUGUGAUUCGGGCUAUGACUCGGAAUCCGAAUCUCGAUCAGCAUGCAGCGACAACGUUCCAGACUUCAAGCGCUACUCAGCACGUCAGCCUUUGAGGGAUGUGAUCUCGAACGAGAAAUCACAUUUCAAGAGUUCUUCUCAUGCACAAGAUACCACGAAUAUCAACCUCCACGACGGCAAAUUGAUGCCAAAGCCGCUGUUCAUCAAGAAACGAACAUCCGACCUCAACCAAUCCUCUUCUGCUAGUGAUCAACUCCCUCCUACUUCAACAGAACCACCCUACCUUAGCCAAUGCACAACAAACAUCUCCCCUCCCUCAAACAGCGACCAAAUCAACCUCAUCCCAACCACAAGACCGGCUUCUUCCUCACCAGCAACGACACCCACCCCACCCCUUGAGAACCAACAACCCUCCACAUACAACACCAACCUACAAACCUUCCACACCCUCCUCCUCAACCACCUAACCGCCAUCAACCACACGAUCGCCACAACAACCCAUGUCCAAAACGAACACACCCUCAACAAAACCAAACGCCUAGCCAGCUUCUGGAGUUUCAAGCCUAUCCUCCCUUCCGCCCAGGGAGGAGCGAAUGAUGACGAAGACGAUGACGAAGAAGAAGAAGAUGUGAAGGCACGAGAGAAAAAGGAGCGGAUCGAGUUGUUGAGGAGGGACGGGUGGAGGGUCAACAAGGAGAAGUUUGGAUGGAAGGGGGAGGAACACUAUGAGGCGUUGAGGGGGGUGGCGCUGGGGGAGUUGAGUUGA